AUGCGACUUAUAUCUUUGGCAGUGGCUGCAUUUAUUGUACUACGCUCCACAAAACCUGCCAAUAUAGCCGACGCAGCAAAUAAGGAGGAGCAUGCAGCGCUGUGCAAUUUUAUUUCCAUGGCUGGGAGAGUCAUAGCGGUACCAACGGUGCCACUGCUAGACACCGCAAGCUACGACUACAUUCAGCAACUAAACUUCGCGCUCGGCGACCAGCAAUGGCAAGAAAAGUUCUACAAAAAAUCCGAUAAGAAAGAAGUUAAAAAUACAGCAGCUGAGGCCGGCAUAACAGGUGAGGGAGCAGCCGACAUGUGGGCAGACCUAAAAAAAGCGGCGGAAGCCAUGAAAAGUGAUAGCCAAAAUCCACUACUCAAGGAAAUAGAGGAAAUGAAGCUAACAGCAGCGGCCAGGCGACUGGCAAAGGCCGAGCUGGAGAGUCUGGAAAAUGAGUCAAGAGCGCUAAAAAAGAUGUAUCCGGCACCACCCAAAAAUGUCGACUACGAAAAUAACAAUCCCAAAAGCAAAUUACUAGCAGCUUUACUUGGCGCAGGCAACGCAGACGUAGGAACAGCAACAGGCCAAAAAGCGGUGGGAGCAGAAGCAACCGACACACGGCAAGCCACCUGUACAGCAGGCGAAAAAACAACGGCGAGGCCUGCAAGUGCUUUGGCAAUGUUAGCUUGUGUAUGCCAAAGCUCGGGCACGGCAGUGACAAACUUUAUUUGCACAGAGAAAGCCAAGGAUUCAAAUGCAUGGACGGCCAACGCAUACCCACACGACACCGGGCUACAACAUAUCGGAAAAUCGUGCCCUAAACCGAGAACGGCUCCGAUCACAAAGGCAGAAUUAGAGGCCGCCCUAAACAAUUUGCAAGCACUAAUUCACGCCGACGGCACCAACGGUUAUCUUGGAGCAUACGUACAGACUGGUUGCGAUGGCACAUCGCCAAAUGGCAUCUGUGUGCAGUUCCCAGGGAUAGCCGCAACAAACCCUGACGUCGCCACAAAGACCACAUGGCUGUCAGAUGUCACCGCCAUAAUAACAAAUCUAAAGAUCCUUGAACACAACCAAGCAAAAGCAGAAUACGUAAACAACCAAAUAAAAGCCAAAAAGCACCAAGCACUCGCAGCAUUAAGGCGAAGCAAAGCAAUUGCUGUGGCCGUUCAAGUUCCAACACCACAAACCGCACAGCAACCACAAAUUGACGUAAAUACUCGAUGCGAGGCACACAACAAAUCUAAAACAGCAUGCUUAGGAGCUAAAUGCGCAUGGAAGGGGCAAAAGGAUGAUGACGGCCCAUGCACACGAAGCGAACAACAAGCUGCAGAAGAGGAAAAACAAACAGCUGGAGAAGCAGUAACAGGAACAGAAACAGAAAAAUGCAAAGGUAAAGGAGAGAAAGAUUGCAAAUCUCCUGAUUGUAAAUGGGAAAUUAAUGCUUGCAAAUAUUCCAGUUUUCUUGUGAAUAAGAAAUUUAAUCUGAUUAUGGCUGCUUCUUUUGAGAGUUUUCUAUAA